UAGGGUGGUUGCGCUAACGGUCACGGAUGAGGUUGGUGUUGGCAGAACGGCGGUGAGCGUCGGCUUGGGAGGCGAAAGACACAAACACUUCACUGCGGGGAGCGGCGCUUCGGAAAGAUCAAGAUGGAGGUGAGCUCGGCCCGGCGGCCGUACCGCGGGAUCCCAGCCUUGUCCGGUGGAGGCGAGGAUGUCCCGGUCCUCAUCCUCACUCACUUCGCCCGGACGCCGUAUAUCUGCUUCAACAGCGUGAGGACCGGCAGUUCCAAGACGGAGACCUUGGCCAUCGAGAAUCCCGAGAGCGUCCCGGUUUGGGUGACGAUCGACAAGUUUCCCACCUCUAAGGGGUUUACAGUCAGCGAACGGGAAUUCGUGGUUGAGCCAGCAGAAAAAUAUUACCUUUCCAUAACUUGGACACCGGUAGACAUUGGAGGCAUACGAGAAACUGUGACAUUCAAUGUUGGCUGUGUGAAAGUUCUUUGCAUCCUUCUGGGAAAAGCAGAGGAUGCACCCAAAAAAAAGCGAAGCCUGUGGGAAUCAAUAAAAAGAAAGCAGGCCUCGGAAGGUUCUGGUCUUUUGAAACCAAAAAGAAGUGCAUCGAUUGCCAGCAAAACGAUCAUCAUAUCACAAAAGGUGGAUAUUAUGAAAACAGUGGAACCUCGCAGCCCUCUUCAAUCAUGUGAAAAUCUGAGUCCAGUUGGGGAUAGAGUUCCUCCUCUUCAUCACCCUUCAGCAUUUCAUGGUCAUGAGAUACUGCAAUUAUCUCCUAUAUUACCACCAGGUCAAGUAAAGGAAGAAUUUGAAAAUUGUACACCGUCUUCGCUUAAACGUUCUACUACUUAUUCUGUCCUUCAUAGUAAUGGAAUAAUAAUGCAAAAUGAGACAAGGCUGGAUGAUGACAAAAAGCCUAAUGAAUUGUGCACAGUUGAGACUUUUGUGGAAUCUGGAGUGAACUUGGUAUGCCAACCAGGGAAAGAAUUUGCUGUCCAGACACCAUCAAAUUUGCCCUGUAUAUCUGCUCCUCCUACUCCUAUUAAUGGGCGUCGGAUCUUAAGCCCUGAUUCUUUCGUAAAUGACAGUUAUGUUCCUGAAGGAGACCCUGAAGUAAUUGCUGAGUCAGUGCUAUCGCCAGAUCAGUUUUUGAAGGAUGCGUUAGAAACUAUGAAUCAGUCUUUACCAGGUUUAAGUCAAGUACAGGCUGUUGAAACAACCUCAAACAAAAUUGCAUUGCAGUCGGGAAAUUCCUCAAAACAGAAGAAAAGUAAUGACAGGUUAGGCUUAGUGGGGACACAUGGAUCGUCCAGGCCAGAGAAUGGUUCUCCCCCUGUUAUAAAAAUGGAAGAACUGAGACCACUUAAGUCAAGGUUAACUUUUUUUGUGUCGUCAAAACCGUCUAAUGGUCCGCAGAGUACACAGCCAUCUAAACCACACUCACAUCACUCUGCCCAAACUAAAUUACUCCCUGUCUACACCACUACAACAACCAAAAGUAACUCUGUAAGACCUCCUGAAUUUGAGAGAAAGGUUAAGCUAUCAAGGAAGAAGGUUAUUGAAAUCAACACCAAUUCCAGUUCACAUUCUGUUGGUAUUGUACAGACUGAUGCUGAAAACAGAAAUCCAAGUCUCGCUAACCAACAAUCCUUUUCUGGCAGAAAAAGAAAAAGUUCUGAGUUCUUAUCAGAUGCACAUGAAAAGGAUAUUAUUACUAACAAAAGAAAGUCUGUACAGGUGGAAAAACUAAGUAGAAAAUCAAAUCAUAAAAAAUAUAAUUCAGUUGGAGGAAGACCACUCCAGAAGAGGAUAUCUGUUUCUCAUGUUCAGGCCUCUGUUACUGCUCAAGUAAAACCUGGAAAGCUUAUGCCUGGAGUUGCUCAGUCGCAAUUUGCUUUUAGGAAAUUAAUCAAGACAGUUAUUCCUAGGCAUCCAAACCCAUUUUCUACAGGAAACAUGUAUUAUGAUGAACAAUGGAAAGAAAAGCAGGAAAGGGGAUUCACGUGGUGGCUGAAUUUCAUUCUUACUCCUGAUGACUUUACAGUGAAUACAGAGACCUCAAGAGUAAAUACUGCUACGCUGUUUAUGGGUUCUGAAACGCAGCACCACAAAAUUAGUGUCCCUGCAGCACCAACCAAUGAAGAAAUGUCACUGAGAGCAUACACUGCAAAAUGUAGACUUAAUCGACUUCGCCGUGCAGCCUGCAGACUAUUUGCAUCUGAAGGGAUGGUUAAAGUUAUACAUAAGUUGGAAGCAGCCAUUGAAGCUAAACAUCUGGUUGUUCGGAAAGACCGAUAUCUCUGGAAAGACAUUGGAGAGCGACAGAAGAUCCUAAAGUGGCUUUUGUCAUAUAAUCCUCUAUGGUUGCGUAUAGGGCUGGAGUGUGUAUUUGGUGAACUGAUUCCAUUGGAAAGCAACAGCGAUGUGAUUGGCUUAGCUAGAUUUAUUUUAAAUCGCCUACUUUGGAAUUCUGAUAUAACUGCAGCAUUUCGACAUCCAACUGUGCCACAUUUAUAUCGUGACGAGCACCAGGAGGUUUUGGCACAAUUUACACUGAAGAAGUUUCUGCUUUUGGUUUGGUUUCUUGACUGCGCCAAACAGUCUAGGUUGAUAGACCAUGAUCCAUGCCUUUUCUGCAAAGAUGCAGAGUUUAAGACAAGCAAAGAUCUGUUGCUUGCCUUCUCGAGAGACUUUCUCAGUGGUGAAGGAGAUAUUUCUCGUCAUCUUGGUUACUUUGGGUUGACUGUUAACCAUUUACAGACACCUCUCCAUGAAUUUAAUUUUGCUGUCACCAAUAUAGCUGUCGAUCUUCGAUGUGGUAUUCGUUUGGUACGAGCAGUGGAGCUUCUCACACGAAACUGGAAACUGUCAAAGCAGCUAAGAGUCCCAGCGAUUAGCCGCCUUCAAAAACUGCAUAAUGUGGAUGUUGCAUUAAAUGCUCUUAAGAUGCGAGGAGUCGACCUGAGAGAUGAACACGGCAACGCAAUAGAUUCAAGAGAUAUUGUUGAUGGACAUAGAGAAAAAACCUUAUCAUUGUUGUGGGGAAUCAUCUUUGCAUUUCAGGUGGAGAUUUUGCUGAAUGAAGAACAGUUACAAGAAGAAAUUGAAUUCUUGCAAAAAACUCUGAGCACACGCCAUAAACUGGCAGCCUUGCGUUCUGUGCCUGCACAGUCCCACUCAUUAAAAGAUCAAAACCUCAAAGAUAUACCUGAAAAAUACAGCCCAAGAAUCAAGUUGCUAAUGAAUUGGAUUAAUGCUGUUUGUAGAUAUUAUGGUGUCAAAAUUGAGAACUUCACAGUAGCCUUUUCUGAUGGCAGGGUUUUAUGUUUUCUUGUCCAUCAUUAUCAUCCUGGUCUUCUUGCUGGAGAUGAAAUCUGUUCGCGAACGCUACAGACGGUAGAAUGUGCACGUCGUGGUACAGUGGCAAUUGAUACAUCAACCAGUGAUUCUGAUGAAAGCUCUAUUGAUGUCAUCCCCACAAACCUCAAUGAGUCUGAUUCUUCAUCAAGUAGACUCUAUGAAGAACUUUUAGAGAAUGAAAAGAAGAAUUUUAAUUUGGUGACGACUGCUGUUGCGAAACUUGGAGGUGUUCCAGCAAUGAUCCGACAAAUAGAUAUGUCAAAUACUAUCCCAGAUGAGAAGGUUGUCAUUGCGUAUGUUUCAUUUCUUUGUGCUCGUCUACUGGACCUUCGAAAUGAAACAAGAGCUGCCAGGAUCAUACAGGCUGCUUGGAGGAAGUACAAGUUAAAUCAUGAGCUUCAACUUUUACAGGAAAAAGUUCAAGCUGCCUGUGUCAUUCAAACAGCUGUGCGUAAGUUCCUCUGUCGACAGCACGUUAAGAAGGAAAUAAAUGCUGCUCUUGUUAUACAAAAGCAUUGGCGUGGUCAUGUGGCAAGGAAGAAAGCUCAAACAAUGAUGAUGACAAAGAUGCAAGCAGUGCAGAAUGAAGCAGCAACACUUCUUCAGGCUUAUUGGCGAAGAUAUGCUGCUAGAAGACAGUUUCAACGAACACAGCACUCCUGUAUUCUCAUACAAAGCCACAUAAGAAUGAAAAUUGCAGUCACCGCUUAUAAACGUACAAUAAGGGCUAUUAUUACACUUCAGAGGCAUUUCAGAGCACAUCAGUUAGCUUUAGCUGAGCGGAGGAAUUAUUUAAAACUCAAACAAUCAGCUGUUAUAAUACAGUUUGCAUUUAGAAGAUGGAAAGCUCGGAAACUCAAAGAGCAGGCCAAGGCUUUGGUAUUACUCCAGAAAUACAUAAGGGGUUUUCUCUGUCGAAAUAAAUACAAAAGAUUUCAACGAUCCAUAUUCAUGUUGCAAACUUACGCUAAAGGAUAUCUAGUAAGAAGUGAAAUCAGGAAGAGGAAGAAAGCUAUUCUUACGCUGCAGAAGCACAUAAAGGCAUAUGUGACAGGCAAGCGUGAAUACGUUUCUUAUCAGAAAUUGAAAUGGGCUGCAGUAGUAUUUCAAUCUGCUUAUCGCGGCAUACAAGCAAGAAAGCUUUUUUGCCAAACAAAGUCAGCUUUGGUAAUCCAAUCUGUUUUUAGAAUGUAUCGGCAGCGAAAGAAGUACAUUGCCAUUCGGAAAAUGGUCAUCACAAUGCAGACUUUAGUAAGAGUACGGUUAGCUCACAUUAGGCUCCAAAAAUAUCGUCAAGCUGCCAUUAACUUGCAGAGGCGGUUCAGAGCCAAACAACAGGGGUGGAAGGAGAGGCAGCAUUACCGAAAACUUAGACAGGCAGCUGUAAAGGUUCAGGUGGCUUUUCGGAGAUGGCAAGCUCAAAAAAAGAUCAGACAAAAUGAAGCUGCAGUUAAAGUACAGGCAUGGUAUCGAAUGUGUAGAGAAAAACAAAAGUAUUUACAUCAAAAAGAAAAUUGUAUAAGAAUACAGUCAUGGUACAGAUGCUGCAUUGCUCAACGUGCUUUCUGGACUAUCAAAAUUGCAGUGCUAGUCAUUCAAAAAUAUUACAGAGCUUACAAAGCAAGAAAAGCUCAAAAUGAGAAGCAUAUAUUGAUGCUCAAGGCAGCAAUAACAAUACAAGCUCAUUUUCAUGGUAUGAAGGCUCGAAGGUUUGCCAGAAAAUUGAAAGCGGCAUGUGUUAUUCAGUCAUAUUGGCAAAUGAGAAAUGAAAGAUUUAAGUUUAUACAAACCAGACAAUGUGCAAUUACAAUUCAGGCCCAUGUGAGAAAGUGGCAAGCUCGGCGAAGAUAUUGUUCAAUGAAAAUGGCCGCUUGUAUUAUACAAACUCAUUUCAGAGCAAUUGUAGCUCAAAAGAAAGUUCAGUCCGAGUACAACGCAUUAAGGUCUGCAACUAUUGUCUUACAAUCCGCGUACAGAGGGCUUCAAGCACGAAGACAGUUUUGGCUUUUAUGGUCAAUUGUAAAGAUACAAUCUACUUUCCGAGGAUAUGUGUCACGAAAAAAGUUCGUGAAAAUUAAAAAUGCUGCCAUUAAAAUUCAGGCCUCUGUGAAAAUGAUGCAAGUACAAAAAUAUUACAGAUCUCUUAAAAAGUCUACACUGUAUAUUCAGAGACAUUACCGGGCUAAAAGACUUGGUAUGGAGACGCGAAAAGAAUAUCUGAAGAAAAGGGAAGCUUGUGUCCGUCUUCAGUGUGCUGUUAGAUUGUACUUAAUGCAGCGACAAUUACAUUUGUGGAGGGAAUCUGCAGUUAAAAUUCAGUCCAUGUUCAGAAUGCACAGACAAAGGAAGCAGUAUCUUAAGAUUCGUUAUGCUGUUGUCAUAAUUCAAAGAAGAUUUCGUGCCUACAGUGAAGGGAUUUGUCAAAGACAGAAUUUCAUAAGAAUGAAAGAAGCCAUAAUAUGUUUACAGGCAGUAUACAAAGGUUACAGUGUGCGCAAAAUGAUUAACCUUCAACAUAAAGCAGCCUCUAAAAUCCAGGCAGCAUUCAGAGGGCAUGCAUCUAGGGUCAAGUACUUGGCAAUGCAAAAUGCAGCCGUUGCAAUUCAGAGAUGGUAUAGGAGUUCCAAAGUUGGGCAGCAGCAGCGAGUUGAGUACCUUAAUAUUAGGACAGCAGUGAUUAUUAUUCAAGCGGCAUUUCGUGGAAUGGCUACAAGGGAAAAUUUAAAAGUGCAAUAUAAGGCUUCAGUGACCAUUCAAACUGCUUUCCGGAAAUUUCGAGCCCAGCAUCAGUUUGCAAUGUUAAAGAAUGCCACUUUAACUGUUCAACGUCAUUUUAAGGCAAAGAUCAUGGGGAGAAAAGAACGUCAAAAAUACCUCAGAAUGUGCCAGUCAGCAAUAUUAAUUCAAGCAACAUAUAAGGGUAUGAUUGCAAGAAGAGAAUACAGUAGAAAAUGGCAAGCUUGUAUUACGAUACAGUCUUAUUUCAGAAUGCACAAAAUGCGUGCAAAUUUUCAGGCUAAGAGAUGUGCGGCUUUAGUAAUACAGAAUCGAUUCAGGGCACAUGUGCAAAGAAAAUGUCAAUGUCAAAAAUAUCAAAAGUUAAGGACUGCUGCCAUAUUGUUGCAAGCUUCAUUUCGUGGAAUGAAAAGCCGGAAAAGAAUGAAAGAAAUUCACAAAGCUGCUACAAUUAUCCAAGCUGCAGCUAGAUCUUUCUCAACGCGGAAGCAUUACACUACCCUGAGAGCUGCUUCAGUUUUACUGCAAAGGCAAUUCAGAGCUUCGGCACUGAGCAGAAAGCAGCGGGGACUCUAUUUAUCCAUCCGUGGUGCAACCUUAACUAUACAAGCUGCUUAUAGAGGUAUGAAGGUUAGGCAAGAGAUUCAGCGCAGGAACAAGGCAGCUACAAUAAUACAAUCUGCAUUUAGGAUGCACAGAGUGUGCCUUCCAUACCAGGCCUUGAGGCUGGCUACUAUCAUCAUACAAACCCAUUUUCGAGCUCACCUUCAAGCGAAAGCCUAUCGUGACAGUUAUUUGAAGCUUCGCAACAGUGUUCUGCUCAUUCAGGCUGCGUACCGAGGAAUGAUUGUUCGACGGCGUUUGAGGAGCAUGCAUAAAUAUGCAACGUUAAUACAGAGUUAUUAUCGAAUGCACAAGGAACAACAGUGUUACAAGAGACUUUGCUGGGCGACCAUAGCAGUACAGAGAAGAUUCCGAGCUUGCAAAAUUAGAGAUGCCUGUGUGAGAUGCUAUCGUGAUGUGAAGAGAGCAACUAUUCACAUUCAGGCUGGUUUCCGAGGUAUGAAAGCAAGGCAAGAAACCAGGCGAAUUUGUCAAGCUGCAGUAAUUAUCCAGAGGAGAUUUCAUGUCUACAAUGACAGAAAAAAGUAUCUAUCUCUUAAAGCUGCCGCUAUAGUAAUCCAGCAGAGGUACCGUGUACGCCUGCUUACUCGGAUUCAACAAAAUAAUUACUCCGCUAUUCGUAAUGCAACCAUAUCCAUACAAGCCGCUUAUAGGGGUAUGAAAGCACGUCGAGAGAUACAGUGCAGGCACAAUGCAGCUACAGUCAUACAGGCUACAUUUAGGAUGCACAGGCUAUGUCUUCCAUACAGGGCAUUGAAAGUGGCCGCUAUAAUCAUUCAAAUCUAUUAUCGAGCUCACCUUCAAAUGAAAACAGAUCGUGCCAAUUAUAUAAAGCUUCGCAACAGUGUUAUGCUCAUUCAGGCUACGUACCGAGGAAUGAUUGUUCGACAGCAUUUGAGGAGCGUGCAUAAAUCUGCAACGUUAAUACAGAGUUAUUAUCGAAUGCACAAGGAACGACAAUGUUACAAGACACUAUGCUGGGCGGCCAUAGCUGUCCAGAGAAGAUUCCGAGCUUGCAAAGUUAGAGAUGCCUGUGUGAAACACUAUUGUGAUGUGAAGAGAGCAACUGUUCAUAUUCAGGCUGGUUUCCGAGGUAUGAGAGCAAGGCAAGAAAUUAGGCGAAUUUGUCAAGCUGCAGUAAUUAUCCAGAGAAGAUUUCACGUCUAUAAUGACAGAAAAAAGUAUCUGUCUCUUAAAACUGCCACUAUUGUCAUCCAACAGCGGUACCGUGCACACCUGCUUACUCGGAUUCAACAAAAUAGUUACUCCGCUAUUCGCAAUGCAACUGUAUCCAUACAAGCCGCUUACAGGGGUAUGAAAGCACGUCGAGAGAUACAGUGCAAGCACAAGGCAGCCACAGUCAUACAGGCUACGUUUAGGAUGCACAGGGUUUGUCUUCCAUACAGGGCAUUGAAAGUGGCGGCCACAAUCAUUCAAAUGCAUUAUCGAGCUCACCUCCAAAUGAAAACAGAUCGUGCCAAUUAUAUAAAGCUUUGCAACAGUGUUAUGCUCAUUCAAGCUGCAUACCGAGGAAUGAUUGUUCGACAGCAUUUGAGGAGCAUGCAUAAAUCUGCAACAUUAAUACAGAGUUAUUAUCGAAUGCACAAGGAACAACAAUGUUACAAGAGACUCUGUUGGGCAGCCACCGCAGUGCAGCGAAGGUACCGAGCAUGCAAAGUCAGAGAUGUCUGUGUGAAACAAUAUAAUGAUGUGAAAAAAGCAACAAUUAAGUUUCAAGCAUUUUACCGUGGGAAAAAAGCCCGAGACUUGGCUAAAAAAGUUAAGGCAGUUCACCGAAUUACAUCAUUCUUGCAGAUGUGCAUUGCCAGAAAAUCCUUCUUGAUUCAAAAGUCAGCUGUGAUAGUACUACAAGCAGCAUUCCGUGGUCAUCGAGAAAAGGGACGCUAUAGAGCUAUGUGUCUCGCAGCCAUUUCAAUCCAAAACUGGUACAGAGCCUGCAAAAUGGGCCGUUCACAGCUUGUGCAAUAUCAGUCCAUGAGGCAGGCAGCUAUCACGAUUCAGACUGCAUACAGACAUAUGGUUGUCCACCAGUGUAUUAAACAGAAAAGUGCAACCGUUAAAAUUCAGUCAACAUUCCGUAUGAUUCGGUGUAGGAGAACUUUCCUCAGGAUUAAAUCAGCAGCCAUUGUAGUGCAGUCUCACUUCCGUGCUCGUGAAGCUCGAAAACUGUAUAAGAAAUAUAAAGUAGCGACUGCUAUAUUACAGCGAUAUUACAGAUCCUACCUCUUGAUGAAGCAACAUAGAUCAAGCUACUUGACACUCAGGCGGGUAGUAAUCAGCCUCCAAGCUAGAGUAAGAGGUAUUUUUGCCCAAAGACGAUAUAAAAUGAUACUUCAGAGCACCACAAAAAUUCAGGCCACUUAUCGUAGAAAAAUACAAAGGAAAAUAUUCCUUCUAAACAAGAAAGCUGCAUGUGUGAUACAGCAACACUUCAGAGCUUAUUGUCAAAGAAAGAUUGAACAAGAAAAAUACCUUCAAAUGAGGCAUGCUGCAAUCGUAAUUCAGAAUACAUUCCGUGGAUACAAAGCAAGGCAGCUAGCCAGACAAACAAGAGCUGCACAAAAAAUCCAGGCAUGGUUCAAGGCUCAAGUUGAACGUCGGCGGUAUAAGUCCAUACUUGACUCUGUUCUAUUCAUCCAACAGCAAUUGAGAACAAAACAAGAAAGAUCUAGGUUCUUAAAGAUCCGGGCUGCCUCAAUUGUUAUUCAGCAAAAAUGGAGACUAACUGUUGCAACAAGAAGAUUGCAGGAUGAAAACAUGAGAAAAACAAUGGCAGCAAUCAAAAUCCAGGCAUUUUGGAAAGGAUAUAGCACCAGAAAUCAGCUGAUAAAGAAACAUGAAGCCGCCUGUCAAAUUCAGUCUGCUUACAGAGGUUAUAAACAAAGAAAGAAGUUUCUUCAGCAAAGAAUGGCUGCAAUGACCAUACAAAGAAUUUACAGAACUUGGCAACUUGCAAAAUCUGAAAACAUGAAGUACAAAAAAAUCAGAGAGGCUGUAAUUUUCUUGCAAUCCAUAUGCCGUGGCUGGCUGGUUCGCAAAAAGCUUGUUGAACAAAAAUCGGCAGAAAAGAAGCUUCGUUUUGCUGCUGCUGUCUAUCACCACCUUUGUGCUUUUAAGAUUCAAAGAAUGUACAAAAGAUACAGGACUCUUAAAUGUGCAAGAGAUGAAAUCAAUUCUGUCAUCCUCAUUCAGAGAUGGUUCAGAACUUGUCUUCAACGCAGAAAAUAUCUUGAUGAUUAUCAUAAGAUUAUAGUAGUUCAGCUAACUGUGAAGAUCUGGCUCAUGCGACGUCACAAAGCUGCUGUUAUAAUUCAGAAAGUUGCAAGACGUUUUCUUCAGAAAAACCGGAAGCAAAGAUUUCACAGUGCAAUUAUCAAAAUACAGGCUUUGUGGAGAGGAUAUUGCUUGCGCAAGAAAACCAACAAUCUUCAAAUAAUUACUAUCAGACGCCACAUUGAACAGGCUAAUCAAAACAGCACUGAGGAGCAGAAAUUAUGCAACAGAACAGCUGUAGCACUAGAUUACAUUCUUAAAUACAAACAUUUCUCUCACAUUCUUGCAGCUUUGAAACAUUUAGAGGCUGCAACCAGAUUAUCUUCCACUUGCUGUGAAAAUCUUGCCCGAAGUGGAGCGACGCCUAUUAUUUUGACUUUGAUCAGGAGUUGUAACCGCAGUGUGCCUUCUAUGGAUGUCAUUAAGUAUGCAGUACAAGUUCUCCUCAAUCUUUCAAAGUAUCAUAAAACAUCUACUGUUGUGUAUGAAGUGGACAAUUCCAUUAAUACGUUACUCGACUUGCUGCAAACGUAUAGAGCAAAAGCUGGUGACAAGACAUCAAACAAGUGUAGCAGCAUUUUUACAAAGGUUUGCUGUUUACUGGCCCUUCUCUCAAAGGAUUCGAAGAGAGCAAUGGAGAUUCGAUUCUUGCCUAGAGCAGUGGAUCGCAUCCUUAGCAUUUAUGAGCUUACCGUGAGAAAGCACAAGAUGGAUAUAGACAGAAUAAAUAUUAAACUGCGGAUGUCUACCCCUUGCAAUGGCAUUUCAUAUAUUCCAGCUACUCCUAUUCGAACAAGUUUAGUUUCUAAACUAAAACCAGACUGGGUCUUAAGGAGAGAUAAUAUGAAAGAAAUCGUGGAUCCUUUAAAAGCCAUUCAGUUGGUUGUGGAUACCCUUGGAAUUUCUACUUUAAAUGUCAACAAUGGAAAAUAGUUUAAUUUUUCAAUAACUGUUCAUGUUCAUGUAAAUAUGUGUGCAGAAACAAAAUCUUAAAACUCGUCCAAAUUGUAUUCCUUGUAUAUUGUUUGUCAAUGUUGGCUAAGUUUGGUUCAGUUCCACAUACAUCUCUCCUAUCUGUGUCAUAUCAUGGUGAAAGAUUUUUUACUAUUUCUAAUCUGAAAAUAAAUGUCAUGAAGCUUGGUUUUAUUACAUUAAGGAAAAGAAAUAAAUUUUUAUGUAAUGAGUUACAAA